GGCCAAAUUAUUCCUUCACUCUCAUCCAAACAGAAAACGCAGGAGGUUUUUGUUAUUAGUGGCAGUGACAGUUUAGCUGCAGCACUUCAAGACACGAGUUUGUUGAAUAUUCUCACGGCGCUGACGGUGGAAGUGCUCCAAGAAAACAGAACCUUCUGUCUCAUUACUUCUUGAAUUUUGCUAAUCCUUUGGCUAGACUGUGCGUGUGUGUGUCGCUGGGAAUUUAAUUCCUUCACAAAAGAUCGUUUCACUGCAAGCCGUACUCAUCAAAUAUCUGAGAUCAUGUGUGACGAACUAACAAAGGAACAAACUGCACUGCUGCGCAAUGCGUUUAACGCAUUCGACCCGGAAAAAAAUGGAUACAUUAACACGGCUAUGGUUGGCACCAUCCUCAGCAUGUUGGGCCAUCAGCUGGACGAUGCCACGUUAGCCGAAAUCAUUGCCGAGGUCGACGAGGAUGGCUCGGGGCAAAUUGAGUUUGAGGAAUUCACGACCCUGGCAGCACGCUUCCUGGUUGAGGAAGAUGCCGAGGCAAUGAUGGCCGAAUUGAAGGAGGCCUUUCGACUAUACGACAAGGAGGGCAAUGGCUAUAUAACAACCGGAGUUUUGCGUGAAAUUCUCCGUGAGCUGGAUGACAAGCUGACAAACGACGACUUGGACAUGAUGAUUGAGGAAAUUGAUUCCGAUGGCUCGGGCACUGUUGACUUUGAUGAAUUUAUGGAAGUUAUGACGGGCGGCGAUGAUUAAACUCUUCUAAUUACCGGAUGCCAUUUAUAUAAUAUUAUAUUGGUAAACUAAAAGAAAUAGAAAGAAUAGUAGACGGAAUUUCAAAAAUAUUCUUGGAGUAAUACACUUGAACGCCAUUUCGAAUUAUCUGUUAAUGUAUUUAAUAUAUUUUGAUUUUGGUGACCGUGAUGCAUCAAGUUUAAUACUCAAUCAUUAAAAAUUGUACUUUGCCCGAAUUUAUUAAGUUUAAAAUUAAAUAAACGGACGUGUAAAAAAUAUGGAAUAAAUGCAUAGAACAAUUUUAUUCUAAGACUCGGCAAGGCUACAAAAA